GUUCAGUUUUCAGUAUUCAGCUGCUCGCGGGAGAGACAUGUCAGUCUGCCUGUACAGUUUUAACCGGUCGGAACAGUGUUAACCGGUGUUUUCCGUCGAGUGAAAAUUGUUGAUCUCCGAUUAGUUGGCCGGUGUUUGUCCAGCACAGUGCGUCAAGUAUCCACGGUUUCAUAUCUCUCAACACUUCGUGAGUUAUUCUUGAGUUUCUUCUCGCUCGAGUCUUGGUUCAGUCGCCGGUUCUUCUCACGUCAACAUUUUUGAAGUCUUUUGUAUUGAUCACUACAGGUGAACUUCUUGGAUGUCUACAGUUUCAUGAAUGACUGUGGUUGGUGAAGUGAUUCAUCUUGGACCGGAAUAAUUGGCAGGAGAAGUCCAGAGUCGAUGUUAGCAGAAUGCUAGCCAGCGGGCUAGCAGUGGAGGGUGGCGGGGGAGCCCACGGGGGCCAUGCCCUUCACUUUGCGCCCCACUUACAUCCCCACCACGCCUUCAGUGCGCCCCCUGUGCCCGAAUUCCUGCGCCCCCUGCCAAAACCGGCGCCCCUGGUACCCCAGGCGUUCCACAAGAGGGCAGCCGCCUCAAAAUUUGAUUCCCCUGUCAACUUGGCUUCAAAAGAAGUGAUCAAUGAAGACGAUUAUGCAACUAUGUUUAGUUCAAGAUUCUUUCCACCACCACCCCCUCAUCAUUUAUCCCACUAUUCCAGUCUCCAGGGUCCCUAUGGUACCCUGUACCCUGGACAUUACACCCCCAUGCUACCCAGGGACCGUCCUGGACUUCCCCCUCCAACUUCCACCCCUCUCAGCCCCCUAGAAGCCUUCCCCCACUCCUCUACCCCUGACAGUCCCGCGUCUACUUUCAGUCCUCCACACAAAGUGCUUUCCUCCUUAUCUUCCUCUUCAUCCACACUCUCUUCCUCCUCCUUAUCCUCUCUCACUACCACUCCGUUGUUAUCCUCCUCAACAUUAUCCUCGUCAUCAGUGAAAGAGCGCAAGUUCAAAGUGCCCUCAGGCAAGGAGGGGUCCCUCAAGCAUCGUAUCCUGACACCUACUACUAGUGCAAUAGGGAAGCAUUUGAAGAGGAAGCAUGCCGCCAGUACGGGAGCUGAGGUACCUGCUUCUUUCAGUCGAGGUUCGUUAAUCCAACUGGCGAACGGCGAACUGCGACGCGUGGAAGACAUGCGAACCGAGGACUUUGUGUCGUCGGCCGAGAGGAGCCCCGCCCUCCGCUUGGACCCCAGCACUGUCAUCCGGAUAGACCCCGCCAAGGAGGCCAACCUCAUCACGCUCAGCUAUGGCGAACAUAGGACACAGGUGGAAAUAGAAUCGGCAGCGGAACAUCCCUACUUUGUGUUCAACCGCGGCUGGGCGUCUUGCGACCCAGACAGAACCCUGGCAACGUAUGGCCUCAAAUGCCACCGUUUGCAAGUCGGCGACGUCUGCAUCUCACUAUCGCCUCGUCCGCAAAACUCACCGCCGACUUCUGCGCAUACCACUGCGCAUGUCACUGCGCAUACUACUGCGCACACCACUGCGCAUGCCACUGCGCAUACCACUGCGCAGCUCACGGCAACAGCUGCACAGCUGGAAGCGAUCUCCGCGCUGUCAGCUUCCAGUAGCUGCAAGAAACGCAGAUGGUCAGCACCUGAUCAGCUGGACGCCAUUUUGGGUGGAGGUGGUGGGGCGGUACCCCCUCCCACUCCACCAACCUCCACCAGUGCAGCUAGCAGCUUGUCGGCCCAUCGCAAGGGCAAGGACUGAGGUCUUGAUCAGCUGUUUAUGAAAAAAGAGUUUGUGUAGAUCAGUUGUUGAAGAGUGGAUUUUGGAUUAGCUGAUUCGAUAGAUUGGGGUCCUUGCAAUGAAUGUCAAGUUAUGAAUCGAGGAUUAAAGUCAACUAUUGAAUCAUAAAACUCCUUUUCAUCUCAAUAACGGUGAAUGAUUCAAGCGUGAAUCAGCUGAUUUUGAAGAUCCAAGUCAAGGAAUGUGUCAUACUGUCAAAGAAUGGGGCAUUUCUAUAUUCUCAUCAUUGAAGAAUAGAAAUAUAUGCACAAAAGUCAGCCAUUAAAAUCAUGAAUCUGCUGCUCAAUUAGAUCAAAACCAAGGAUUGAAUCCUUGUACAUCUCUUUUUGUGUAGAUCAAGGUGAAGGAUUGGAGUCUAGAUCAGCUGAUUUUGUAGAUCAAGGUGAUUUUGUAAGAUCAUUAAUCAUAGAUCAAUGUUAACAAAUAAAUUAUGAAUCUGCUGCAGAUUGAAGUACAAUUUUCAAUGGAUCAGCUGAUUUUGUAGAUCAAGAUCAAGGACUGACUUGUAAAUCAGAUGAUUCUGUGAAUCGAGAUCAUAAACUGAUUUAUUAUCAGCUGAUUUCAUGGAUCAAGGUCGAGGGAUAAGUGAAAUAAUCCAACAAGUGAAUUAUGAUUGAUAAUUAAUGAAUCAGCUGCUGUUGAUGGAAAAGGUCUAGGAUCUAUGAAUCAGUAAACUAUUAUAGCCAACAAGUUAAUCAUGAAAAAGCUGUUAUAGAUCGAUGUGGAGAUAGGUUUAUAGGUCCGCUGUUGAUGUUAAUAUCAAUGUAAAGUAUACUAAAGUAUUGAUCAGCUGAUUUUGUAUAUUCAGGUCAAGAAAUUCAUCAUAGAUCAAGAUCAACAAAUCAAUCCUGAAUCAUGUUGUGAAUAAAGAUCAACAAGUAAACUAAGAAUUCACUGAUUUUGUGACUCAAUCAUAUUUUUGUCCACACAGAUCUGAGCUUUCUAUAAUGUAAGACUUGUCAUAUUAAUUUUCAUAAUACAACCACACUCUUUGCUAGUUUUAAAAACUUUGAUAGCAAAAAAUUAAGAUAUAGUUGAUCAGGAAUCAAACACUUUUUAUUAGUGAAUGAUUACUUGGAAAAUUGCUUUGAUUCAUUACUUUGAGAACCUGCUGCAUAAAUUCAGGAACAAAUUUAUAAUUUGUUUAAAAGUUCUAUAAUGUGUAGGUAUAAACAAAUUAUAGAAUUUCUGGCAAUUCUAUAAUUUGUUUAUAAAGCAUUGGAACAGCGUAUGAUUUGAAAUAUGUUUUAACUUCGGUAGCAUUUUGAUAACACUUGUUGAUUGACAUUAAAUUGAUAAUCCAUUUCCUUCUAUUACUUUUUCCAAGUACAGAGUUUGUAUUGGUUAACCUGAGAUCAAAUAUUGACUGACGUUUAGCCGAGAAACCAUUCAACCUGACCAAUGUGAGACCUGACCACUGACAUAAUUUAUCUUGCCAUUUGACCUAUUGAAUGGCGGCUCAAGAUGAACUUGAAUUUCUGGUCUUGAAAUUUGAAAAAAAAAUGAUUAUGUCCCCCCUACUAUCCUUGAGCAAAUUUUAUUCAAGUUUCCAAAAUGAACUGUAUAAAUUAAACUUAUUGGAGUGGGCAAUGAGCAUAAUAAUGUUAUGUUGUUUAUUUUCAAACUUAUAAAUUCUAUUUCGAACAACAUAAAUUUGAAUAAUCCUUAAUUCAGUAAGAUACGUCCCAUUUGUAGUGGAAAAGUAGCUGAGAUACUGUUUUUCUUAAACUCCAAGACCAGAAAUGAAGUUUAUCUCAACAUUCUCUGAACUAUUUGAAAUUUUCAAAUAUUGUGUAACUAAUAUUAUUCUUAUUUCUUGCUUGCAAGAAAUGAAUGAGAAUGAUAGUUAUUUUUGUUGUUAGUCGAUUGUUUUAUUGUAUAUUUAUUACUAUAUAUAGGUAUUGAAACUUGAAAUUGUGAUAGACUAUAUAUAUUUUGUUAAGUGUAAAAUAUAAACUGCUUUAUUCAACUCAAACACUAUUAUAUCUGAUUGUUAAAUUGUUUACUAAAAUAAAAUUAAUUACUUUGAAGUGUGUAAAUAGGAUUCACUUUGACUAUAAUUUAUAUUAUAAACACGUUGCUGUUAUAUUCUAGAGAAACUUGAGUGUGAAUAAAGGAAGGCAAAUUGUUGUGUAAAUGAGUUCUUGAUAAAUCUCAGAAUGUAUUGCUCACUAUUUUAAUAAACUAAACCCUCUUUGCAAUGACUAUAAUUGGAAAUAUAUUCAUAUUUUGAUCUCAUUGCUUUAUUACCCAUCUAUACCAAUCUUCCUUGAAAGGCUCUCAUUAAUAUUACUCAUGUUUCAUUAAAAUAUAUAGAAAAUGAGAUGAUACAUUUGUUAAGCAAAUGUUAAGCAAUUUGUUUCAUCACAACAUUAUUGGCUGAUUGUGUCUAAACUAAAUGAUAUUUAAUGUACGCUUUUCAAAUAUUUCUUUUUGGAAUGAUUGUUACGUUUUUAUGGUUGUUAUAACGCUACUCAAAAAAUUGUUUGUAGAUCUGUAUUUUGGAAGCUUCCAGAAAACUUGUUCAAAUGUAUCAUUCUUUUAAGAAAUUUACUAACUUGUUUUAAUUUUUUGUGAAAUUCUCUCUGAUCUUAAUGUAUAUUAUAUUCAACCUAGUUUUACUAUGCUAAUUUCCACUUUCAGUGAGUAAAUAAUACAUUAUUUAUCUAUGAUAGCUCAUUAACAAGUUUUGUAAAAUAGAUGUAAAAAUUUUCUCAGUUUCCUCUGCUGUCUUUGUAUUCUUAAAAUUUAUUUUAUUUUUAGCAUAGUUUUAUUAUGCAUAAUUCUCACUAUAGUGAGUUCUUACGUGAGACACCUUUUAACUGAUAUAGAAUUAAAUGAAUGUUGAAAGCUCUUUUACAAGCUUCUUAAUAAUUAUUAAAUUAUAAUGUUCAACUAUACAUUUUUAAAAUAUCCGCAACUUGAAAAGUUCUACAUUUUAAAGUUUAUGUUGUUCUUGAACUCUGGAUCGAAGCUGCACUUCGUAUUCAUAUUAGAUCCAAAAAACAUUUUUGUCUAAAAUUAUUUUUAAAAUAUGAAAUUAUGUGUGAAACCUACAAAAUUUUGAAAAUUCCACUUGUGAGAAUAGAAUUUUUCAAAGUCCUUAAAGAGAUAAGGUCUUUGGAAUUUUUUAUCUUAAUGAUGUGAAGGAAAAAUUCCCAAGAAAUGACGCACUAAACCACUAACAUCAACACACUAUUUCUAAAAAAAAACAUAUUAUUUUUCAUUCCUUUAUCAAAAUCUUUUUUUAGAUGAUGAAGCUAUAUUUUCUGGAUCUGAGAAUCUGUAAAAUGCCAUUGGGAAGUUACAUAGGAAAUUUACAAAAAGAUACGGUACAAUAUGAAAGAGCAUGAAAAGACUGAAAAUUGUAGAGGAGAAAUACUAUAGAGAUAGAGUUUGGAUCAAAUUAAAAAUUAUAUUUCUUCAAAUAUCAACUGAUAAUGAAGUCAAGGAUAUUCUAUUGGUUUCUUCAUAAUGAAAAUUUCAAAUUCUAAGAAUGCAGACUAAUGCAAUAAAAAAGUGACUAUAGAUUUUUGAAAUUUUAAGAACGUUGAAAUGGGUUGGGCUCUCAUAUUGAGAGAUCAAAAUAGCUUACUACUACAGCUAAGUACUGAUACUAGUGAAUGGCUCACUUUUAAAUCAAUAAUUGGGAAUUAAUAUUAAUAAUUAUGUUACAUGCUCAAGGUAGAUGAAGUUUUUGUUGGCUAUUCACCAAUGUAGGAAAAAUAAUGAAUAAAUUAUUCAACCAUCUUAAUUUUCAUCUCCAAUUGUCAACCAACUUCAGUCUGCUAACGUUGGAAAAACGUUGCUGAGGGUGAUGCCCACAUAAGUUCUAGGCUUGUGCGUGGGUGAUGAGGCGGAUGAUAAUGAGAGAUGAUUGGACCCACAAUGUUUUAGAGUUGAGUAGUUUUUCUUUGUAGUAAUAGUUUCUAUGACCAUUCUAGCUACUGAUUUAGAUAUAAUUAUUCAAUCUGCAAUUGCCAUAAUAGUCAUAGAUUGGAUGGAUUUAGCAGGAUCUGUAACUUUAUUUUCAAUUGAAAGUCUUUGAAAUAUUUUUUGAACUGUGAACCGUAUAAUGCAGAUUAUUCAUUCUCACACUUUCGCACUGUAUCCUAUCUAUACUCUUGACUUGAAAAUUUGGUGCUUUCCUUUUCUAUGGAACAUUUGUAUAUAAUACCAUAUAAUAUAUGUAAUACUGUUAUCCAAAUUCAAUUCAUAAAUGCCAGUUUUGUAAAUACAGGAUUGUAGAUUUGAUGUAUAGAAAACUACCUACAACUAUUAGAGUAAUGAAUAAUGUAAUACUAUAGUUGUUUGACCUUCACUAUAAUUUCUUUGUAAGUUGAUGAUAUUUUUUACAAUUCAACCGAAUAAAAACGUAGCACUUAUAGCCUAUUUGCUUCUUGCUGUGUAUUGACUUGCAUAAUUUUUUUCUAAGAAAAUUUAUAUAUCUUAUCAUGAGAUAGAAAAUUUGAUUAAUUAUUUAAAUGGGAAAAAUCAGAUUACCGACCAUUAUUAAUCAGAGUGAAAAUAUUUUUUUAGACAAAUAUUUUUCUAAUAGAUUGUAAAAGAGCAUUUAGAGGAAAUUAAGUGAAUAGCUGUUUUAAUAUUUGAAUAGUAAUUAAUUGAUGAGUUGUUGGAGAGAAUUAUUUAUGCAACGUGAUGAGAAUAAAAGCAAGGAUUUUAUUUCAAUGAUCUCAUUUGAACUAAUUUCUUGAAUGAGGACAAUUUAUUGUAUUUGAUUGUGACACGAUUUUUGUACAAUUGUUAUUUGUGCUAAAACUAGGAAUGUUCCAUGACUGUAAUGUGUGAGAUCUUUUUCUUUAAUUUUGGGGAAAAUGUUAUGUUUAGUAACAGUAAUGAACUUUAUAUACGUAAUUUAUUAGUUUCUUGGGUUAUUCAUUGAUAAUUAGCUCUUAUUUUGAGUGAAAAAGUUUCAUGAUUAUCAUUUUAAUAUAAUUAGUCGCUGCCUUGGGCUUUCAGUUUGAUAGUUCGCAAACUAAUUGAGUUUUAAUUUAAGAUUUGAUUAAUUUUAGUGUUUUAUUUGAGACGUGGAACUAAACUAUUAUUCAGGAAGUAUCUAUAUUAAGUUCACAGUCAUUUACUAUAGGCUACAUUAUAGCAUUGAGACUUGUCGUUUAGUAGUACACUUUUAUUUGUCUGAGCUAUAGAAAAAACUAUAUUGCAAUUUGUUGAUGUAUAAACCAUAGAUAGCAAGUUGCACGGAAAUCCAAUCAAAUGUUACACCGUUGUGAGGUGGAUUCAUCUUGAGGAACCAAUGAACGAAUCUGACUACAAUGCUAUGACGUAAUUUAUCACUGGUUAAUUUCUAUUGGAUCUCCUUGCAACUGACCCAAAUCCUGUCGAGUAAUAUUAACAAAACGUAUUUUGAUGAUGAAAAUUUGUGUAAUUUGAUGGAUAGGCUAUAGUAGUGUUGAUCAAUGUAUUUACCGUACUGUAUUUAAUUGAUUUAUCUACUGUAUCUGAUAAUAUUGCAACAACAGAUUUUUGUAACUGCGCUUAUUCUAUGUAAAUAAAUGUAUUGAAUAAUGAGUGUGAUAUUGUACAACUAUCUGCUUUUGAAAAACAUGGGUGUAAUAUUUUUUUAGUUUUAUUCUAUUCUAUAUUAUGACAAUUUUUAAAGCUUUUAGUGCAAUACGUUAGAAAUAUAACUGGUACUUCGAUGUAAUAAUUUCGAUUAUCCGUUCGAAUCGAUUUAAAUGCCUUAACAAAAUAGCAUUAUUUCGAGAAAAAAAUCAAUCAUGUUUGCUCAAAAUAACUGUAAACAAGUCAGAUAUUUUGUGCAUACCAAAAUAAAAAAGAUUUUCCAUUUUAUU